AUGGAAUCAAAUAUAAAAUUGUUGGUUGAAGGAUUGAAUUUAUCAGAAGAGGAAAAAAACAUACUCGAAAGCCCACCAGAUAUUAUAAAGAUGACGAUUGACUAUUUGAUUUCUUUUUCUAAUAAACCAACUUUCUCUAUGAUAGAGAUUUCACGUGAAGUUGCUGACGCAUGGAAUAAUUUAGAAGACACGGAUUUAACAAAAAUUUAUUUUCUCGAAAACUCUGAUAAUAAUCGUGUUCAAACAUCACCACCACCUUUUCCUUUAGAAAGCUUUGUUCAUUCUUCUUCUUCAUCAAUCAGCGCUGAAGUCGACACGUUCGAUCCAUUAGAGGAUGAACCAUUGAUAAAUAAUGGAGAUGAUAAUAUUACCAAUGGAUUGACUACCAUUAUUCCGCAAGCAAAUCUCAUAGACAGCGUACAUUGCGAACAAUCUACUAAUAACGAUGCUUUUGGGAUUGCUACUGAACUGUUUUAUUAUGGUACAUCAUCUCCAAUUGUUACAGACAUCGACAUGGCAGGUCCACUAGAUGAUGACGAUAUUCCUCGUUAUUGGA